AUUUUGUUUAGCUGCAUGAGCUGGCAGUGGGCCGACUGAGAUCAUAGGAUAUGGUUUCGGAAAUCCACAGAAGGUCUUUAUUUCACAGAAUUGCUGAUUCAAUUACAGGGUUUGUUCCAUCGUCGAUUUUACCGGCAAUUAAUGUAAGUAUCGGGUUUCCCAUUACCACUAUCCAGGUUUCUCCUGCGAAAUCGGUUGACCCACUUAAAGGAGAUUUGAGAGCUAACCUCAAAAGGACCAAUGAUGUUCUUGAUCAUUGUAGUGAACCAGGACCCAAGGAUAAAGCAUGGGGCUAUAAGGAACACAGCUUGAGAUAUACGAAUGUUGACCUUGAUGCCACAGAUAAAUCAGAAAGUGAAUGCAGCCUCCACUCCUUUUCUACGAGUGGAGUUUCAUCGUUAAUGCCUAAGUCGUGGGUAUUGGGAUGCAAAAACGGCCAAAGUAGAUCUACGGCUCAACGUAUGGAAUUGUGCUCAGAUAGCUAUACGAACACAGUAGUGUGCAACCCAUUAAAAACAACCUGUUGUAAACAAUCGCCUUCGUGCCAGACCUCCCGGAGUGACUUCAAAACAUAUCCUUAUCCCUUACCAAAACGCCAGCGCUUGUCCACAACGCCGAACCUUAGUCCUUCAUCUACUUGGCGUUCUCGUUUAGGAACUACAUACGGGGGAGCUGCCAGUUGUCGUAAUGCUCGGGAGUUGUUCGAAUUCACUACGCCGUUGAAAUUUGACCUAUAUUCAGAUCGAAAUUCUCAACUUGGAAGUGCCCCAAGCGCUAAUUUGAGUUCUACUGCUCGGAGAAUUCUCGAGACGUUAGAAAAUCUUUCGGCUCCACUCACUUCAGGUUAUUUACAGUCUUCUGUACAAAGACAUGUGAAACAGGUAUGUAUUUCUUUAAGUCCAGUUUCGUCUGAAUUUGUAGUUUAUUUACAUAUGUUUAGAUUUAGUUUAUCAGUACUUUGAGUGCGGUUGAAGAUAUCUACUCCCAUUAACACAAUAAUAUUCCACAUAGUUCGGAAACUAAACUGCAAAACUUUCUCUUGGUUUCUCAAGUCACAAAAUCUAGUGUUUAGGUAUUAAACUUUCUUCCUCAUCAUUUCUAAGGAUUGUGAUACAUAGGUUUUUGAUCCUGCUUACGUGAGCUCUAUGUUUGAUCGGUCUUCGUAAGCGCACAAUUACAACAUUCUGAUUAAAAAACGGAAGUAAGCGCGAAUCAUCAUACGUAGGCGAAAAGCUAAUUAUUUUUAAUUUGUUCCUGUAAUAUAUCCUUAUAUGCAAUCUUUCCUCUAUAUAUUACGCCAUUGAGUUAAUUGCUUCUGUGAAUUUGGUGUCCAUCUUGCUGUGCUAAUAAGGUGUGGAAACUUGGACCGAUGCACAUAUGUGCCUGGUCCUAUGUUGUAGCUAGCUGACUGACAUUCUCUGAACAGGAUUAGUGGCCAUAACUUUCUUCAGCUGUCUGGGGGCAUCGAUGCUUGAUCAUGAGCAAAAGAUAUACAUUUUUUCAAAUACCUCAUUUUUACUGCUUAACAAGUACUGAAAUAUUUAGGUACAAUUUCUUAAGUAUAUUGAGUUACUAAAGUUUAAGUUUUCAAAUCAUUCAUUGUUAUAAUUUUCUGUCUUAUAAGGUCAAGGCUCGUGUGAAAUCUCAUCGGUUUCCACCGUUCUUAAAAAGUUAUGAAAAAGUCUAUUCUCUUUGUAAAGAUUGCAAGUCGCAUUCAUUUUGUGAAAACGGAGUUCAAAAUCAUAUACAGCCUCAUGUUUCAUCGAAGCCAACAGUAUUUCCUGAGAGAUUGCAAAAACAGAGACAUGUCACUGUCGAAUGUUCAAUCUCAGAGACUUGUAAAUCAGGAGACAAAUUACUACCUGUAUACACAUUCGCAGAUCCAAUUCACAACUUUUCUCUGCAUGAUCGCAAAGCCGCUGUGUCACCUAUAGCUCACCAUGAAUAUCUUUUCAGCUGUCCAAGUCGUUCGUGUUCUAAAUGCUCGGCAGGUCUAAUUGGUUCGGAAUCUAACAUACAACAAAUCACUACUGAAAGUAAUUCCGUCAAAUCAAAAAGUAAGUAUAUCUUGAUACUAUCAAGUAUAAGAUCUUUUAUUGAUUUUACUGUCUAACCCUGUUAUUGUACUAUAACUGCAUAACUUAAUUAUUAACAGGUUAGGCAUAUGCCAGGUUAAUCAUUUCUAGUCGCCGACGUUAUCUGGUUUCACAAGUAACAUCUGGAACAUUGUUUUGCCGUUCAAGUUUCUAUGCACUUUCUCAUCCAUAUCUGCUGGUCAGCCUUUUCUAGACAGUGGUAGUAGAAUAAAGCUACAAAUCGGUGAUAGCUUACAUUGGUCAUCGAUUACUCGUGAUUUGUGACAACAUGCUAUUGAGUACUACUUUGAAUCUAGUCUGCAUACUCCGGAGUGUUUACAGACGACUAGUUGGAAGAACUAUCCAAAGUCCAAAACGAUUUCAUGUUCAGAAAGUAGUUUCACACUACCAUUAAAUAUUCUGGGAGUUUACGAAGAAAAAAGGUGGAGUUCCCGUGAAAGUGCAUUAAGUAACGUGACUUUAGAGGUAGAAUAUUCUUGGAUUACUAGUAUUCGAUCAUAUUUAUUUCUCCCGUCCAUAGCUUUUAUCUUAACGUGGUGGUCGGGCUUGCUGAAAUCUGAGGACUGGAAGUAAUUUCGUCUGAUUGGUCUCGACCGCUAUUAAUCCGGUGUUCAUCUUGUUGUGCUGAUGCGGUAUGGCAACCUGGACCGAUGCACAUAUGUGCCUGGUCCUACGUUGUAGCUGACUGAUGGAUUAGCCCAUGCGAUUUUUAAGAAUGCUGGUGCAGUUUGACAGUUAGAUUAGCUGAAAUCUUAGCUAAAAUCUAGGGAAUGCACGUUAUUCCAUCUGGUUAGUCUCGAUGGCUAGUCGUCUCACUUUAUAAAAAAGACAAGAUUCCUCUUUUGACAGUCAUAGGAAUCAGUAAUGUGUCAACCGUAGUUAUGUUCUUUGAGCGCGAUGGACGUCCUACUUACUGUCUUCUUGCGGAGGGGAUGUUGCUUACGAAAUCAAGAGAAUGUCCGGCGCUUUAACUGGGUGGAUAUGGAGGAUCAAUCUAGGGGGAGUUGAGAAACCCUAAUUCCAAACUAAUGGUGUAUAUGGGCUCCAGGAUCCUGAUGAAACAAAUGGCGUAUGAACCUAUUGUUGGUCAUCAGCCACUAUGGGACUGCAUCUCCUGACGUUGCUCUACUACCUUGUAGGUCAGGCCUUUAGGUCGAAGGCUCCAGGUGUGGCCUCUUAAGAAAACCACCUGCUUUUGUUUGAGCACCUUGGCAGUAUGACAGCCCCCACACAAAUCAAGUGACUUGUGUGGCGGAUAUAUAUUCGGUGCCCCUUUGUACCAAUAUUUGUGUUCAAAUAAAUAAAUACAUAAAAGAAGAGUGUUCGACUCGGUCCUGAGGUUCUGUCCCAGUGUUUGUCAUUAAAAGGCGUGGCGAAGCAAACUCUGUGCAUGCUCUCUAUUCAAACAUUACUGGUUGAGUUAGCUUAUGGCGAAGUGUCAUCGGAAUUAGUUACUUGGAAUAGUGUUCGUCGGGAUUGUCCACUUUUCCAAUUUUUAUUUAACUUUGUCAUAGACCUGCUUUCAGAAAUAACGUCUCAUCGUCUGACUUUUCAGGUAUUGAUCUUGUACCAGGAUGUUACCUUGUUAACUUGGAAUAGCUAAAUGAUUUAGUUUUAUUCGGUGAAAACGUUGACAAAAUGCAGUCUUCUAACAACCUUUAGCAACAAUACUAGCAUGUUUGAGAUGAGUUUCUCUCGCUUUUAAUGUAAAAUGUUGUGCCAGUCUCUGAAUUAAUCAUAAGGAGUAAAGUAGUUGAGCGCGUCGACAGCUUCACUUGGGAUUUUUAUCAGUGCUGAUGUCCUUGUAUCUGAUGAAAUUUCGGCACGGAUUAAAAAAGUUUGAUCGGCUUUUGUUAACUUUCGUAACUUGUGGUGUAGGCGAGAUAUCCGUCUUCCAAUCAAAGGGCGAGUUUACUGCGCAGCAUUUCGCUUCGUCCUACUUAAUGGAUGUGAAACAUGACCAUUAAAAGUGGGGGAUAUACGUAGGUUACUUAUAUUAGCUCAUAGGUGUUUACGAAAUAUUGCUGGUGUGUUUUGGGACCACAGUAAGCAAUGCCCAGGUUAGGAAUAGAACACUAGUUAGAAAUGAGAAAUCGAUCGAUGAAGUAGUAAAUCUUCAUCGACUGAGGUGGUCGGGGUGCUAUGUAUGCUCAAUCACCGCCUACCUCGAUAGAUGGUUUUCUGGUGUAGGAGUAUGCUGGAAUAAAGGUAGUGGUGGCCGAACCAAAACGUGGCAUCAGUUUACGAAGACGUUGGUAGUUGGACUGAAUUAUGAUGGUAGGUGCCAGCUUCUUAGUUGAAGUCUUAGCGGUUAUACUGACCAAUGGUUUGAGACGACAGGUGACAUGGCUUGGAAUCGGUCACAAUAACGCGAACGCGCUCACUUUAUUUUCAUACCUUACAUACUACUUUUUUCAUUCAUUUUUAAGUUUUUGUAUCCCACGAAUCCAUGUUUUUGGGAAUUCGCAUAUUCAUAUGUAUCUUACUGACCAUUAAAACCACAAGCAGUAAAGUUACUGAAAGCUACUUGUGUUUUGAAUUGACUCCUGUACGUCUACACUGAAUGCAACAAUUAAUGAUGAGUUCGCUUUACGUUAGCAAAGGUAAUGUCCAUCUUGCCGGCACAGUACUUAUUUUCUUAUUUAGUCUUCCUAAAUUUUGAUACUGUAGAGCGCCAUCUUCGAAGAACGUCGGAUGCCAAUGCUUUGAACAUAAUCUGUAGUAAACUUGACACCUGGAAGUUGCUGCAUAGAUUACGUAGCCACUUGCUGAGAAUGUUGACGACUGACACUUCAUCCCACGAUGUUUGAACACUCUCAAACCUUUCGGAACGAUAAAAAAUUCUCUAACCGUAAGUUCAUCGUCGGAAAAUGUGUAGUAGGUCACCUGAGCUUGAUUUUAGAAAGUUGAUUCUUUGCUGUCCCCAGUUUCGUUGUAGGAAACUUGGAAAAUUUUUGUCUGUAAGCCGCAAGCAACAUAACACCGUUUUCAUUUCAUGAAAAUAACCGAUGCUUAUCUACAUUUCGAUGCACCCAAAGCUAGACCCAACUCUGGCUUGGUUUGUUAUUUGAUUGGAACGGCAACUGCUUCAGGAUCCUAAGGGAACAAAUGGCGUAUGAACCUAUUGUUGUUCACCGGCUACUAUGGAACUGCAUCUCAUGAUGUUGCUGCACUGCUUUAUGGAUUAGAUUCUUAGGUCAAGGGCUCGGGGAGUAGCCUACUUGGAAAACCACCUGCUUAGGUUUUGGCACCCGGGAAGUAUCGCAGCCCUCACACAAAUUAAAUGACGAAGUGUGGCGUAUAUGUAUUCGAUGCUUUCUUGUACUUAUGUGUGCGUGUUUAAAUAAAUAAAUAAGCAGAACGGUAUUCGUCCUCUCAAAAUCCCAGAGUCUAUGUACACCAUCUGUUAAGAAUCAAAAUUCUCUUCCCUCGAAUAGACCCUGUCAACCAACCCUCUGUAAGUGCUGAACAUCUACUUCUCAUCCUCUCACUUUCGUAAAUGAUUCUUUAGUUGCGUGAAGAUAGGGAGUAGGAUUUAUUUGAAAGAGAUUAAAAACACUUAACCAUAUGUGAGGGUGUAAAGAGGGAAAGCGAGCUCAUCGUUGAUAUUAGAGCAUUCGUGGACCCUGUGAUAUCUAACAUUGAUCAGUCUAUGCGAAUUUCUCCAUACCCAAUCCCUAAUCAAGACAUGAAAACCAUAAGCUAACUCAUUUUUUCAAUACGACUGAAAAACAAUAUAUACAUCAAUUACUAAACCAUAACCCCAUAUAUAGGAAAUUGAAUCUGUACAUAAUUAUUACAGGUACAUAAGGAAAUGAAAUUCAUGAACGGUAAGAAAACAUUAACAUAGAUGCAUAUCUAUAAUCAGGAUAAUACAUUUGUACCGUAGACCAAGUGUUCAUUGUGUAUACAAUAAAUAUCCACCAAAAAUAUUUCUCACAGUCCCCUUCUAGAUUUAAACUUUUCUGCUCAUGUAUAACAGCCCUUAGAAUGCGGAUCCUGUGCCAAGUACAUCUGAAUUUUCCAUUUGUUAACUAGUUCGUCGACAAUCGCGAAAAUGCUACUAGAGUAUAUUAGUGUAUAAACUCCCUAAUCUGUACCAAUUAUUUUUUGACUGUAGUUCCGUCCCAAUCUUUACAGCUGAAUAAAAUUUUAUGGCAGAACUUUGCUAUAGCGAUGUUCUUGUGAAACCAGUAAACUUUCGCAAAAAUUAAUUUGACGUGGAUACGAUGGUAUGCGUUGAUAGUAUUACAACUAGACGCUUUAUUUUCAUAUUUUCAUUAGUUUUCACUCAAAUGAAUCAUCGACAAUUUAUAGUACUAGAUAACAAACUUCAGUUAAAAUCUUAUAAUAAAUAUUUUUGUUAUGUCCCAGUGGGUAGAAAAAUUGUAUUUUUGACAUUUCGUGACUUGAUGUAAGCCACUUCAGAGUAAAUAAAUAACCGGGUUAAGUUGACACAAGUUUAAGUAGUAUAAAGGGAACAAUGGAGAAUAUUUUUAGUACGAUGAAGAUCAUAAAAAGUCUGAAUAUGUUAUUGUCAAGUUAUUCUUGGUCAAGGUGAAUUUUUAUAACAUGUCACCGUAUUAAUUUGUGCCUCAGAACGUGGGUAUGGUAUAAAAAAUAUACAUUUGUAACAUGAAGUAGGGUUAAGUUCGAGUUUCUGUCUGUGUAUAGAUUAUAUGGGAAAUAAAUAAGAUCAAAUGUGAUUGUUUGGAUAAACGGUCCAAGUUAGAUGAAUAUUCAGGGCAGUGGGAUCUAGCGUUAUGUGAAACGCUUCGGCUACUCGCCUCUUCGUAAUCGGAAAAGCCUUUUUGAAUUAUUUUAAUAUUUUUGAUUUCAAUUUUGGUGAUUAUUGAAAAUAGUAUGUACUGCUAUUGCUAAUGCAAACUGUAAAUUUUCCCAUUACAGGAUUUAUUAAUAGGUCUUUUUGUAUUGCGCAAAUAUCACAUAAAUCUGAUAACCUUCGUCUUCUUAUUGCGUUAUCGAAAUUUAGCAAAGAGACUAAUUGUUUUAAACUUUUGUGUAAAUUCCGUGCACCUUAGAAUUAGUCGAGAUCUAACGGGAAGACUCCAACUCAUCGCAAUUGACACAACCUAAUCUGUAAAUAGAUAGAAUCGUUCAUAACGGCGUCGACACGUCCACUUUUGAUCUUGACUUUUAAUGUUUCUUCGUAUAUGCCUUUAUACCCUAUCUUUUCAAAUCCUAUUCUUAAUGCUUCGUAUUUUUAAUUACUAUUGGUUCUACAUUAUUCCGAUCUUUUGGUUGUACAUCUCGUUAAUUCCGUCUUAUCGUGCUAAUGUGGUAUGUUAGCCUAGCUCAACUCACAUCUGUCUCAGGCUCUAUGUAUAUGAUGAUUGACUGACACAGUUCAAUUUCCUGCUCCGGUUUGGGCACCCGGGCAGUAUCACAGCCCACACACAAAUCAAGUGACUUGUGUGGCGCAUAUGUAUUCGGUGCCCCUUUUGUACAGUUCAAUUUACCACCAUUUCAGAACGAUGAGAUGAAAUUAUCAAAACAAAUGCUAGAUCAUUUUGAGUAAUAACAGCAUCAAAACUAUUAGGAAGCACCGAAUAUGGGCAGUAUGAUUUUUAAAAAAAUGAAUUUUUGGGACAAAAAUGUAUGUUCUUCAAAACUGAAGAACUAAACGAAGGCAGUAAAUGCAUUGGCACCUUUGAAAACGGUUAUAGGUCAUGCCACUUUUAUCGUCUGAAGUCGCUUGUUGCAGUUAAGUUGUAGAACUGUAUGAUAAAUGUAGAGGUGUGUUUUGCAUAUGCUUUUCGUUUUCAUGAGUUUUCAUUUUUUACUAAACUUCAUACUUUCAUUAAUAAAGCGCUACUAUUUGGUAAACCAGAAAUGCAAAGCCAUAUAUAAUUUAGUGGGAUUAUAUUAACUUAUCUGGAUUUUAUUGACUUCAGAAACUGAUUUUAUUAGAUUAAAACAGUCAUUGUCGAUUAUGGAUAUGCGUUAAUUACUAGUUAAGAUUUUAGAUAUAUGAACCAUUAAAUAACUUUUAAGGAUUGUAAUAGUAACAACUCAAAAAGAAAAAAUGUGAAUAAGAUUUCUUAUUUUUAGUGGUCCUAAUUAACACUCGUUAAGCAUUCACCGAGUUACUCUAUACCGAUUACCCAAUUGAGAUAUCUGAGCGUAAAUGUUCCCCCUUGCUUUUGCGACUCGCCGCCAAGGUUGAAUAGAAAGUACCGUCUGAUUUUCAGUCAACAUAAACAGGAGUCGGUACCAUAAGUGUUACAGCCAAAUAGCUCGGUAAUUAUCAUAACUUUAACACUAAGUACUGUGAAUAAUAUUAUUACUACAAAAUAGUUCACUUUUUUCUCAGUCACAGAAAAUAAUACAUGGCGUUGUGAAACUUGUUUGUUGGAGAAUUCAGAGACAAGGGUUGCAUGUCAAGGCUGUUCCCUUCCAAAAUCAAACCCUCUGCAUGCAAAGGAUUUAUAUUAUGUAUCGUCUGCCCCAACGUCUGUACAUACAGUGGAAACAUCAGUAUCAAGCUUAUUAGCAGUCAACAAUGAGGCUCCGCAAUGGGAGUGUCCUACAUGCAUGGUAUUCAAUGAACAAAAUGCGACCAAUUGUAUAUGCUGUCAAACUUUAAGGCCUACAAAUAUCUCGACAAGUGUGUGGGAUUGCCCCACUUGUUUGGUACAAAAUAACGAGAAAUCGGAUAAAUGCUGCUGUUGCUCUACAGGAAAACCAAAUAGUCACAUAACUACAAAUAACCCGAGCUUAUCUAAAUUAACUGGUCAACCGUCUGGUCAUUUUGAGUUCGGGUUUGGUGUUCGAGGUCCUGCUAAUUCGGUAAAGUUAGAAGCUUUUCUUUCGAAUGAUGUUCGUAAUUCGGAGCAAGAUCGUAAAGCCCAUCCCAAUAAGGAAAUGAAGUCUUUUGAUACACUCAGUAAAUCACCUCGAGGAAAACAAUCAGAACCAUCUAUUUGUGGUGGUUCUAUUUUGCAGACAAAUCAUACACCUCAACUCAAGUUGUCAUCUCAGUUUGGUAUUAUUAACAGCAACAAUGACUUCAAAGGUAUUGAACCGAGUAGUACUACUAGUGUACGUUCGUCCUUGGAGCAAACUCAGUUACUGAAUAGCAUCGGUUUUAGAUUCACAUCCACAACCACUAAUAAUCUUGUUUCAGCCAACCCUAUAAAUUCAAGUGUUCAGGAAAAUAAUGCAUUAUUAUGCACAUCCAAUCCAAGCAGUUCGGCAGCAGUAAACGUAUAUACGCGUACUUCUCCUUUGACUUUCCCCAAUCACUGGGAAACAGGUGUAUUUAGUUUCGAUCCAGCUUUUAGAAUGAGUGGCGACACAAUUUCAUUCACAACUUCGUCUCAACCUUCAAAUUUCAUAAAUUCAAACGAAGGGUAAGUUAAAAAUUUACCAGGUAACUCAAGUAAGGAAUAUUGUGUUCUGAAUAAUUUACUUACCUCGGUAUCAAUAUUUUGUGCGACCUAAAUAUAUACAUCAGUAACAGUGAAUAAUGUGCAUAUAGUCGCUACUUCGUAUUGUCAAUUAGAACACCUCUAAUCCAAUUUCCUUUUCGGGUACCUCCAGAAGAACCCUUCCACAGUGUGGGCAACCGGGAAAUGAUAACCGCCCUCAUACCUCUAACAGACCACUGUAUUCAUAAUCAACCUCCAUCUUCAACUCUCAUUAUUCCUCCUACAUCAACUUUCAACUCUAAUCUACCUCCCUUACUUCCUCCUCAAAUGUCACCAUAUCCAACGAUUCUAGUACUCAAAACACUGUCCCAGGUCUACUGAAACCUCGCUCCACACUACACAUUGGAGCCUUCAACGUACGAACCCUAUGUCAAAUCGGUCAGCAGGCUUCCUUGGCUAAAACCCUAGAAUCUCUUACCAUUGAUGUAUGCUGUGUCUCCGAAACACGCACACAGGAUUCCAGUGUGGUCAUUCACUUGACCUCACCUCGGCAAAACGGAGAGCCAACGAGUCACACCCUCCGUGUAUCUGGUGGCCCGAUGGCCAGUUCUCGUGGACUGGCAGGUAUAGGCAUAGCACUAAGCAUGAGGGCCGAACAAGCACUGCUAGAGUGGAUCCCCGUUAACAGUCGUCUAUGUGCUGUUCGGCUAAACGGCUACGUAAGAACUCGGAAGGAUAGGGACACACGUCGUUGCCUUUUCAUCGUUUCUGCCUACGCUCCCACCGACUGCAGCUCAGAUGAAGUGGAAGGUGAAUUUUACAGAAAGCUGUCCGAACUUCUUCAGAAAGCUAAACGCUCAGACAUAAUACUUGUUGGGGGUGACUUUAAUGCUCAGAUAGGUAGUUUAAACCAAACAGAAAGGCAUUUAGGUGGAUAUUUUAGUAUUCCGACACAGCGAACAGAUAAUGGUGAUCGUCUACUGCAACUAUGCUCAGACAAUCGUUUAUUUUUAGCAAACACAAAAGGAGAGACAUCGUCUAACAUGGCGACCCCCUACACCAAACCAACGAUGGACUCAAAUACACCAUAUAGCCAUCAGUUAUCACAGGAGAUGCUCGAUAGAAGACUACCGCUCGUUCUGGAGUACAUGUUUAGACUCUGAUCAUGCUCUAAUACGAGCACGCAUUUGCUUGCACCCCACUGGACGCGGAAAAGCCACACUAAGAAGAUCCAUUAGAGAAAGCCAAAUACAUAUUCCAGAAACAACUGAAGUCACACUUUGGCAAUUUCGAAAAGGAGACUGAUCCGGAUGUUGCUUGGAAAAGUAUACAAACAGCUGUCGAAACAGCAGCAACAUCCAUUAGCGAUUUGAACCAAAGGUUUACGAAAACCCAGUGGAUUUUUGCGACGUGUGUUGGACUUUCGUAAACUUGUCCCAUUCAGCUCUGAGCACGAUGAACAAAACGAAUCAGAUCUAAGUUAAACGGAAGCCUACGGGUCGUCGUAAGCAGUGGUGAGCAACGGAACUAAGAUAUAGAGAAGGCAGUGUCUGUAGGCAACACCAGACGGCUUUUCAGACUAAUAAACUGGGAUUAAGUAGUCAUGUGCAAGUGAGACAAUCUCUGAAAAAGACGACACUUAUUUGCUCUCAGUCUAGACGUUUAGAAUGAGCGGUGGAACACUUUAAGGAGCAUUUCAGUUACUCUACAGCUACCCAAAAUUUCUAAACAGUCCGAAUGACCCCCUGACUGUAAUUGGAGGUAAAUAAAGCUAGAGCUGACCUUAAACGAGAGAUAGCAACUGGUUCACAUGACUCCAGAGGUCCAGUUUUAGCGGUCAUAUUGAUUAAUAUUUUAGCUAGAAUCUUGAAACCGCACGUAAUCCCAUCUGAUAGCGAGUGAACGCGUCGACAACUUUACUUAUUUUGAAAGUCUGAUCAACUCUAAUCUGUUGUUGUAUAACAAAAUCUCUGUACGCAUCCAGCAUACUCGUUUGGCUUUAGCUAAUUUACGUCACUUAUGACAAAGACGAGAUAUCCGUCUAUCAAUUAACGGACGAGUAUACUGCACAGCAGUUGGUUCUGCUCUACUUUACGGCCUCGAAAUGUGGCCAUUAAGAGUAGAAGAUACUCGUCAGCUACUAGUAUUUGAUCACAAAUGUGGUAUCGCUUCUUAGUGCAAAUUUUUUAACGCAUGAAUAAUGUUUUGGUGAAUUCAGAUUUCGAACGAACUCCGUUAAUUUCGAAAAAAUAUAUAUAUAUAUAUAUAUAUAUAUAUAUAUAUAUAUAUAUAUAUAUAUAUAUAUAACUCCGGAAGAUCAAAAACUCAUCAACUGACGACUGGUUCACAAGGAUUCGAAACUGAAAUGUCCAACUGUCCUAAGAACCUACAUAUACAAACCAUAAGCACUUUAGUUAAAAAUACCAUCAGUGAGCGUUGUUUUCAGCUAUGCAAUUCAAUGCAUAAUGUUGUAAAAGUGAAGUGAGUGAUUUCAUUCAAAACAUCGUUUAUCUUGAAAGGCUUAUCAGCUCAUGGGCUCAAAAUCUAAAGAAUAUUGACUCAGAAUAAGGUAGCACGCUAGAGUUUCAUCAUCCUGCAUCACAGUUAAAAUCGUCACAAUUUUUGCGUUUAGUAAAUGUUAAUUUGUUCAACGUGUCUUCGAAUCAGCGUUCAUCUAUUUGAUAUAUAUCCACUGAUGCUUAUAUUUAAAUUUAUGCUAUACUUUUAAACCCAUUGAUUCAUUCCACGACGUAUCUUGUCACCACAUGUCACUUUCAUAAUCGUUACAAGUAAAAAAUCAUUUUCGUUCCGCUUAUAAACCGAAGCAAACCGAGUUGAUGCUAGCACAUUUGAACCAGAUAUAAUGUUACAAAUUUAAUGCAGUGAUAUAUUAUUUAAUUUACACUUGAUUAUGUCAUUCAAAAUUUCUAAAGCUUAUUAAUUUGAAUUCUUAUCCUUCGUAAAUUAGCGCUCAAGAAAACAAAGAAAUCCGUAAAAAAGCUCAUGCAGUACGCCGCUUACGCCGAUGAGAUAACCAGAACAUGGUCAAUUAAGAAUGAAACCGAGCAUAACAUCCUAUCACUUGUUUGUAAAUAUAGACCUAAUAAUGCUCACUAUUUGUAAAGACAUUAAUAUCAUUACAAACUAUUAUAAAAUCAUGUAUUUGUUAUGUGGUAAACGUCAAACUGUUCCGUUCAAAUGGGAAAUGCCCAUAAUCUUACUCUAGAAUAAUUCCGUCCCUCUGAUAAAAAAAAGUAUAACCAAAAAAAACUAAGGUUUACAAACUAAUCACC